CUCUUGAUCGGUCAUCUCGACGAAUACAGACAGGAGAGGGCGUCCGAUGCCGAAAUUGAACCCUCGACACCCGAGACCGAAGCAGACGACCCUGAAUCGGGCGAGGAUUCUGGCGCUCUUCGCGAGGCCACCCCCAAAGAGCAAUGGGACGGCGGGGGCAAGGGUCCGGAAUGCCUGAGUGAGGCGAGUGGAGGAGAGGCUGGAGGUCUCAGGAUGCGAUCGGGCUUCCCUGCCGAGGAGAACAUGGGCGCCUUCGAUUUGAAAUGUUUGGCGGCUGGUGCCCUAGCCGCGGUUGCAGUCCCCUCAGCCAGAGCCCGACGCAGGACCAACUCCGCCCGUCGCCAAUAGUGAUGUUGUGGGCGGGAGAGCGCAACCAGCGCCGGCCCCUUCCAUGGCGAUACACCCGAGACGGAAGGAGCCCCCGAAAGACGAGCUGAAUCCCGCAAAUGCGAUGCCUUCUCCUUAUAGCCCUUCCAGCAUCUCCUCGCCACCCCGACAAGGACAGACACCGCUAUCCAUCAAGGUAGAUAUGAGGUCGCCCACGGCCAGCAUACACUCGAACAGCCACAGCGAGGGUCUACCACCCAUUCAGCUCAACUCACCGAGAUACGAGACGAAAAACCAGACACUCCCAUCCAUUAGAUCCCAGUUCGCAACUCGGCAGCAAUUACGUUGCGGGGGGCGGACUGCGAUGCUCACAUCACGGCUUCCCCGGCUCUUCAACUGCUGCUCUGCCGUGCCUCCUGUCCUUGCACUCCUAUCUUGGAUCACCCCCUCUGCCAGGGGCUGAACCGUACCGCGAUCCGCUCUCUCCAGUCCACCCGCUCGCUACGCCUACCGUGAGUUCCGGAUUCUACUACUCCCAAACGAAUGGCCGCCCUGGAUUUCCACAAAGGGUGCUAACAAAGAAGUGGUUGCUAUUUCCCGAGGACGACCAUGAAAGAGCGAGAAUCAUUAAGCUGGGCCAAGACAAGAAGCUUCCCGCAUCCCCGGUCGAAAAUUACCACUCGGAAAUGGACAGGGGCGGCAAGACCGCCGGUGGAUUUGGAUGGACAGAAGUUCACAGAGUCAAGUGCGUAUCAUUACCUCACCGAUGGGUACUACAUCGCCAGAACACUGACGUCUAGCCUCAAGGAUGCCCAGUCG